UAGCAAAAUUUGUUUGGUAUGUAAAUAAAGUGUAGAGUUAAAUAAUUUAUAUCAAUUGUUUGUGUUGUGCAUAUUGUGUGCAUAUAUCAAUGAUGAAAGCUUUGGUGGUCACCAUAUUUCUUCUUGUGGAAACAUUAGGAUGUGAAAUAGGAGAAUAUAGUUUUCUACGACACAGUGAUUGUAACAAGUUUAUUAUCUGUCUUAAUGGUAUUCAAACUGUAUUGAGAUGUGAAAAUGGAUUACAUUGGAGUGAACGCAGAUUAUCGUGUUUAAGCCCAGAAUUUGCUAACUGUACUGCCGGUACAGAAACAUCCAACGAUCCUGAUACAGAAUCCGAAACGGAGUGUCGAAUUGGACAGUAUCUAUUUCUUCGUCACCCAGAAUGUUCAAAAUAUCAAAUCUGUAUAAAUGGUGUUCUCAAGGUGUCGAAUUGUUCAACUGGAUCACACUGGAGUGUUAGUAAGGGUGCGUGUUUAAGUCCAGAAAUUGCCAACUGUCAGUCAGAAACAACCUCAACAGAACAUCUUGUAACCAGACGACACUAUCCUGCAACCGGAUGUUCACAUGGGGAAUAUCGUCGUCAUCCCGAAUGUUCCAAAUUUCUACAAUGUUCCCAUAAUGUUCUCUACGUACAUGAUUGUGCACCCGGACUUCACUGGAGUGUCAACAAGGUAACAUGUACCUGGCCCAGAGAUGCCAACUGUAUACCAAUCACCAAUACAAAUGUUAAUACCACUACAACCGAGGCUACUACCACCCCUUCCACGAAUACAACCGAGGCUACUACCACUCCGACCAAGACUACAGCCGAGGCUACUACCACUCCGACCACGACUACAGCCGAGGCUACUACCACUCCACCAACGACUACCAAAAAGACUCCUUUGAACACAAGAUGUAAAAAUGGUGAAUACCGCCGUCACGAUGAUUGUGGUAAAUUUCAGCAAUGUUCAAAUGGUCAUCUCAUCACGAUGAACUGUCCAGCGAAUCUGCACUGGAAUGUUAAAAUAAAUAAUUGUGAUUGGCCGUACCGUGCCAAUUGUACACCAAAAUAACCAAACAACAACCGGAAGUCGGCCAUAUUGAUCAGUCCCGUAAUUCUAAUUUCGACCAUUUCUGUAUACGAUAAAACUAUAUGAACAUAAAUACACUUAAAGGGACAUUAGCGAUUGUAUGGACGCAAUAAAACCAACAAAGAAAUAACAAGAUUUUA